UGCAAACUUACAUAGACACAACACUGUUGCCAGUAUUUCAGUUAUAGUAUGGCGAUUCUUGAUAGUUACAAUAUACUGAUACAUAUUAUUCACAUAACUGUGCCAUAAAUUUAGUUAAUUAAUAUAUUAUUGAGAUUUGAUUACAAAAUUUAAAAACAUUUAUAUAAAUAAAUAUUAUUUAUUUUAAUAACAAAGUGAUAAAUCAAAUUGAUUUGUGUGUAUAAGUCAUACGUGUUUAAUACUAUGCGACGAAAGCGAGUAUUGGUUUGCUGUGAUGUUUGCGGUGACAGAGCCGUAGGGCGAAAUUUUGGUGCCAUUACUUGUGUGUCGUGUAAAGCAUUAAUCAGGACUAAGGGAUCGCAAGAAUUGAAAGAGAUAUGCGAUGACAAUACAGAGACAGCUAUAAGUGUGAGGGAUAGUGAGAGCCCGGUAUCGGACACCGGACUCAAUACACCAAACGAUGACACAAACCAAAUGCUACUAAAUUUCUUAUGCAAACCAGUAUUCAUACAAAUGGUUAACACGAGUGACUUCAACGACAUGGAGUCGUGGCGAUUGUCUGAACUGUUCCGCUCGUCCCACGUCUUCAGUCAUCAGCCAUUUUACGAGACAAGCAUUUUUGAAAUAACGGAUUUGAAUGAAUUGAAUCGUAUCUGUAAUAUGGAUAUGGAUAAAGACAUCCAGAAAGUGAUCAAAUUUGCCAAAACCCUCGACUCGUUUAACAAUCUGUGUCUUAACGAUCAGUUGGCGCUCAUUAAGUACGGAGGGCUCGAGUUAUUGAUACUCCGCUAUACUAUACUCUUUGAUACCGACACCGAUUACUGGACACACAUUUGGCUAUUCGAGUGCUGUUCGGACGGCAAGUGUGCCAUAAAUAUGAUAACCAGAAAAGUGUGCAAAAGGUGUCGAUUGGAUAAGUGUUUCCGAAAUAACAUGAAAAUUGAAUUGAUUCAAAGCAAAGAGUGUACAAAAUAUGAAGUGAAACGGCGUUUGAAAACUACAUAUCGAGAGAAGAGAUCGUCACUCACUUCCACAACACCUCAACAUAUCAUUGAAAAUGAUUUAUUCAAUAAAAUACUCGAAAGCGACGAAACAAUUGACGAAACAAUACUAAAAGAGAUUCUGGAUAUCGGUUCAUUUAAUCGUAUUUGUGCCAACGAUCAGUUGGCGCUCAUUAAAUACGGUUGCAUUGAAUUACUUAUACUCCGCUAUUCAAUGCAUUAUAGUCCAGGGAAUGAGUGCUGGGCCGGCGGUUUGCUAUUCGAGUGCUGUUCGGACGGCAAAUGUGCCAUAAAUAUGAUGACCAGAAAAGCGUGUAAACGGUGUCGACUCGAGAAGUGUUUUUUAAAAGGCAUGAAAACGGAAUUGGUUAAAAGCAAAGAAUGUAAGAAAUAUGAAGUGAAACGACUGUUGAAGACUAGAUAUAGUGGGAAGAGAUCGUCACUCACUUCCACAACACCUCAACAUAUCAUUGAAAAUGAUUUAUUCAAUAAAAUACUUGAAAGCGACGAAACAAUUGACGAAACAAUACUGAAAGACAUUCUGGAUAUUAGUAUCAGUUCUGGUGACGAGUCCUCCAAUAUUUCGGCCGAUACUCAGCUCUCAAUUGAAACAUAUUUGACGUUUAAUAGCGAAAGUAGUGAUACUUUUGACACUGAUUUAUACAAACGCCAAACGUAUUGUCAGCCAGUCUUCACACACAUAACAAACUGUAAGAGUUUUAACGAUAUAGAGUCGAGAUAUUUGAGCGAGCUGUUUAGCGCGGCCAGUGCCCUGGGCCAGUUGUAUUACCUUGGUAGUAAUAUGCUUGAAAUCACCAACAUUGAUGAACUAUAUCGUUUAUGCGGUCCCAAAAUGGACAGCGAUAUUACCAAUCUAAUUACGUUUACCAAAAAUCUGGGUUCAUUUGACCGGAUUUGUGCCAACGAUCAGUUGGCGCUCUUUAAAUACGGUUGCAUUGAAUUACUUAUACUCCGCUAUUCAAUGCAUUAUAACCCGCGGACUGAGCGCUGGGCCGGCGGUUUGGAAUUCAUACAAAACAAAGAGCAGAAGGAAUUGAGAAAACAAACGAUUGAAGAAAACAAACGAAAACGCAAUGAAAAGCAACGGAAGAGAAGUGACAGCAAGUCGUCGUCGGCGACCACCGACUCGACGGACAGCCAAUCGCUUAGUGUCGACACUGUGUUCAACAGCAACCGUAACGUACAGCGAGAGGUAUUGACACUAAACCAGUGUAUCCGCACUCAUAUGACCGAUCAGGCGAUGGACGUGAACCAGAAUUUCCUGCUCUACUUAUUCACACCACUCAUGCGACCCAUCAAUACGUAUAGCGACUGGAAUGAGAUUGAGUGCAAACACCUGUCGGACAUGUGUUUGGCCAGCAAUGUGUUCCGAUACCCGACUACUGAACGCCAUUACGAGGUCUACACGAUUGGCGACUAUUACCGCGAAUGGGGUAAUCGGCUGGAAGUAGACGCCAAGAAUAUUGUCAAAUACACCAAAGAGAUGACCAAAUACUGCAAUGUUAAUCAGGAGGAUAAACUGAUCCUGAUCAAAUACGCCUGCAUGGAGCUGAUUAUAUUGCGGGCUAACUAUUGUUGGGAUAGUCAGGCUGAAAAGUGGACCAUAUUUAUGGACAACGACACCUCAUUUAUAGUGCCAUUAGAUUUGCUGAAGAGCGAGAAAAGGAACCUAUUUAACACAUAUAAGGUUUACUUUAAUAAAAUCCUUCCCGAAUGGAACUGGGAUUCAGUUAUUCUGGAUUUGUUGACAGCAAUAGUGCUCUUCAAUCCCAACCGACCAAACCUGAGCGAUAGAUUUACCGUUAAAUUUCAGCAGCAAAUGUACAUCCAUUUGCUUCAACGGUACCUAAUGUUGAGGUUUCGGUGGGAAUGGCAGUGGAAGGCAAAGAUGGCUAACCUUAUGAACGCAUUGAUUGACUUACAUCUGGUCUCCGAAAUUGAGAUACAAAAUGGUGAAUUCAUUCAAAGUGCGAAACAAAAAGAGUUGAGAAAAAUAGCCAUCGAAGACAACAAGAAGAUUGGGAAGAAUGAUAGGAAGGCAGCGAUUGAUGGGAACAAAUCAGUGACAGAUAAGACCCCAAGCAAUGGUGAGAUCGGAUCCAAAGACGAUGUGUUUGCAAAGAUAUUUGACAACAAUAAGCGGGUUUACAACGACGUGAUUGCCCUAAACCGGUGUAUCGUUGAAAACCUGGACAAUCGGCCCCCAAAACUGGACCAAAACCAAAAACAAUUGUUUCAACACCUGUUCGCACCCCUCUUACAGCCCAUCAAUGUUUAUAAGGACUGGACUGAUGGCGAGCACCAGUGGGUGUCCGACCUGUGCCUCACAUCCAACGUGUUUGAGGAGAAGUACACCGAAAAGUGUAUUGAAGUGCAGAAUAUUCACCACUUCUACGAGUUGUGGGGCAAUCGUAUAGAGAAUGACACCAAGAAUAUUGUCACUUUCACCAAGGGUUUAACCCAGGGUACAGACAUUUGCCAUAAUGAUCAGAUCGCCUUGGUCAAGUAUAGCUCGAUGGAGUUGAUUGUAUUGCGGGCCAAUCAUUUCUAUGAUGAUCGUGCUCAAACCUGGACGUGCAAUGUGAAUAACGAGUAUUCAUUCAUUACUCCUAUGAAUGUGCUAAAGUUAGAAAAGCGAGAUCUAUAUAACUCCUAUAAAGUGUACUUGGACAAAAUACUACCCGAAUGGAACAGGGAUACAGUUAUAUUGAACUUGUUGUCGGCUAUAGUGCUCUUCAACCCGGAGCGACCCAACAUGAUAAACCCAAAGGCUGUGAAGGCUAAGCGUGAUAUGUACUUAUAUUUACUGCAACGCUAUCUUAUGAUCAAAUAUCGCUGGGAAUGGCAGUGGAGGGCAAAGAUGUCGAGCCUUAUGAACGCAUUGAAUGAUUUACAACACGUCUCGCAAAUCGAGAUACAGAACGGCAUCGAAGAGAAGGUUGUGGUUCCUGAUUGCGAGGUGUGUGGCGAAAAGGGUGUGGCGCUAAACAAGUCGAUGAAAGACAUCACCAAAGAUGGCGGCCGUCACCCGAUGGACAUCAAUCAGCGGCUGACACAAUACCUGACGGCACCGCUCCUGAGACCCAUCAACACGUAUAACGAUUUGAACGAAAUUGAAUGCAAACAUCUGUUGGACUUGUGUUUGGCCACAGAUGUCUUCUCCGUGCCGUCGGCGCCGCAUAACUACAUUCACGUCAAUAAUAUACACGAGUUUUACACCAAUUGGGGUAAUCGUAUCGAAACGGACACCCAUUGUGUGGUCAGUAUUAUUAAGGCGCUCACCAAGAAUGUGGACAUUUGCCAUAACGAUCAGAUCGCCUUGGUCAAAUACAGCAGCAUGGAGAUUAGUGUGUUGCGCGCUAACUAUGAUUAUGACUUACAGACAGAGAAAUGGACCCUGUUCAUUCAAGAUCCAUGCAAUCUAUGCGUGUUUCCACUCGAUGUACUCAAGGAUGAGAAGCGCAAUCUAUAUGGUGUCUACAAAAGUCACCUUAACAAAAUUAUACCCGAAUGGAAUUGGGACAGGGUGCUCGUUGACUUGCUUACCGUAAUCAUACUAUUCAACCCGAAUCGCCCCAAUAUAAUAAACAGCGAUAUUGUUAAAUUCCGGCAACAAUUAUACAUAUAUCUACUGCAACGGUACCUAUCGAUGAAAUACAAGUGGGAAUGGCUCUGGAAUUACAAGAUGUCAAACCUGAUGAACGCUUUGGUAGACCUGAAUGUUGUCUCCCGUAUAGAGAUAUUGAAUGACACCGAAGACUUGCAACAGAUCUACUCGAAGACCACUCCAACGAUGGCAUCGAUUGCGGACACAAAUGGCACCGAAGAAGUGGUCGUCAAAAAACAGCGACGGAUUUACCCGAAGAACUCUUUCGAUCGUUUUGGUGAUGACUUGUGUGGACUCAUUCUGUCGCACCUCUCACUCGACAAGCGUCUGGACUACGAAUGUGUGUCCAAACAGUUCCAGAGGACUGUCUUCAAGAGUGUGGUCGACAUCACUAUUCACGACAAGGAAUCAAAAAUAUCGCGAAUCACAGUCUCUAACACUGGAUUAUUGGCCACAAUUCACGGCAAGUGUCCGCACAUUCACACCAUUGACUGCAGAGGAAUACGGAGCAGACGUUUGACACAAACUGCCGAAGUGUUGGACAUAUUUCGGCCCAAUUUGCGGAACAUUUACUGCAAUUACGACCGAAACGUUUACCAAAGGCUACCAGCGAUCGGAUCACUGGUCACGAGAAUCGGCAAAAUUUCAGAAAAGCGUAAACAAAGGCUAAGACUCUGUCGCCGAUUGUCUCGACUACGGGUCCAGCGGUUAUCCGACGUCUUUGACGACAAGUCCGGCCGACUGUUGGCCACGAAUUUGCAUAGCUUUGAAGUGCCGUUCAAUUCAACCGAUAAUAAUCAGCUUUUGUCGCCUUUCGUGGCCGCGAAUCAGUCGUUAAGAAGUUUCAAAAUGAUUGGCGAAAAUGACUGUAAUUAUAACGGAAGUCACGAGAGUAUCGUCGAAAUGGCCGCACAAUUGUCACGAUUACCACAAUUAAAGGAAUUGUCGCUUAAAUUGAUGCCAAUUUACGGCCACAACUCAUUGAACGAGUGUUUGCACACAAUUGGCCAGAAAUGCCCACAACUGCAAUGUUUUGCGCUUAGUUUGCUCUCAAAUAAAUCGCCACUUAAUGGCCACACAUUAGACUCAUUGCAAAGUUAUCGGCGAUUAAAACGAUUUGAUUUAACGCUUAUUGGAUUUGAAUUGGCAAUCGAUGGCACGCUUUUGGAUCCGUUGAAACACUGCCACCGAUUAACCCAUUUGUCAUUCAGUUUAAGGCUUUCAACUGUACAAGUGGUCCAUCUGCUUGACAAUCAUUGGCCCCGACUUCACACAUACAUUAAUCGGAUUAUCACAAGCAAUGGUUUGUAUCAGAUCUCAAGACUACCGGCGCUGCAAACACUGGUCUUUGUUUGCUAUCAAUACAUUGGUCCCAAUGAUUAUCUUAAUGCUGACGGCAAUCGUUUCGCAAGUGAUGUUUGCGAACACCUGUUCUCCAGAAGUCCUAAACUCAAGACAAUCGGAAUGCUUUUAUUUGAAGAUUUUGUUUCCGUAAAAACGGUGUAA